AUGUUCUCAAUCCUGGCUCUGGCAACUCAUAUUCUGGCUAAUGUUACAGAGGCAGCCAAGAUGGUUGAUGGUAGCGACCUUGCUCCAUCGCACAAGGUGCGACAAAUUCGAAUAGCUGGAGAUCUAAUGCUCGGAGGAGUUUUUCCAGUACAUACGAAAUCGCAGAAUCCAGAUGAGCCCUGUGGGGAGAUUGCCGAAACAAGAGGAGUACAUCGAGUAGAGGCUAUGCUAUACGCGUUAGACCAAAUAAAUGCUCAAAAAGAUUUUUUACGCGGGUAUAAAUUGGGGGCUUUGAUACUGGAUUCAUGUUCAAAUCCUGCAUAUGCUCUCAAUCAAAGUUUAGAAUUUGUACGGGAUAUGAUCGGCUCAUCAGAGGCAUCAGAUUAUGUUUGUAGCGAUGGGAGCGAUCCUUUUACGAGAAGUGCUAGCAAGAAAAAGAAUGUUGUCGCUGUUGUUGGUGCAAGCUACAGUUCGGUUACGGUACAGAUCGCAAACUUACUGCGGCUGUUUCGAAUAGUGCAAGUAAGCCCAGCUAGUACAAAUGCGGACCUCUCAGAUAAAAGUCGAUUUGAAUAUUUUGCAAGAACAGUUCCAUCAGACGAUUACCAAGCUAUGGCAAUGGUGGAAAUAGCUGUUCGUUUCAAAUGGACCUAUGUAUCGCUUGUCUACUCUGCUGACGAGUACGGGGAACUAGGUGCCGAUGCUUUCAAGAAAGAAGCUCGGAAAAAGGGCAUUUGUAUCGCUAUUGAAGAAAGAAUACAGAACAAAAAAGAAAGCUUUACAGAAUCGAUUGAUAAUCUUAUAAAGAAGUUACAACCUGACAAGAAAGUCGGAGCUAGGGUAGUUGUGCUGUUCGUUGGAACCGAGUACGUUCCAGAGCUGUUGAAACAUACUGCUGAACGGAUGAAGCUCUCGGCUGGCUACAACAAGAAGAAAAUAAUCUGGUUGGCAUCCGAGAGUUGGGAUCGCAACAACGAUAAAUAUAUGAUCGGUCAUAAUCGCUUAGCUGCCCAAGGUGCUCUUGUUUUGAUGCUGGCCUCGCAGAAAGUGCCUUCAUUUGACGAGUACUUGUUGUCCUUACAUCCGGGAUCGGAGAAAUUCGAGAGGAACAAAUGGUUACGCGAGCUAUGGAUAUCCAAAUACAAGUGCAGUUUCGAUUUACCACCCGAAUCGACGGAAAAUCGAUGUGAAGACAUUCGGCAAACAAGUGAAAAUUUCCAUGCCGAUGACAAGGUUCAAUUCGUUAUCGACGCUGUCUAUGCGAUCGCUCAUGCUCUUCAGGCGAUGAAAAGCACUGUGUGUCCGGAUGACGCCAUCGAAACGUCGUGGAUAUCACGUUACUCCAAAAAGCCGGAUAUCUGUCAUGCGAUGCAGACUAUAGACGGGGAUGAAUUCUACCAGAAAUACCUUCUAAAGGUCCAAUUUCAGGACAUCGUGGGUAAAAAAUUCCGAUUUUCGCCUCAAGGAGAUGGUCCGGCGAGCUACACCAUACUAACGUACAGGCCCAGAUCCCUUGAUAAAAAGAGACGAGUAUCGGACGACGACGAUGACGUCAGUGGUAUCACAGACUAUGUGGAGAUAGGUCAUUGGUCAGAAAAUAAUCUUACAAUCUAUGAGGAUGAACUAUGGUGGGGCGCUGAUCAGGUUCCAUUCUCGCAAUGUUCAUUAGAAUGUCGAACCGGCUAUAGAAAACAGUUAAUCAAGGAUGAGCAAUGCUGUUGGGCUUGUAGCAAAUGCGAAGACUACGAAUAUCUCAUCAAUGAAACGCACUGUGUUGCUUGUGAUCUUGGCUGGUGGCCAACCGAUGACCGAAAAGGAUGUUACGAUUUAUCGAUAGCACACCUGAAACAUAUGAGAUGGCGAUCACUCUACUCCAUUGUUCCUGCCAUUUUCGCUGUUAUUGGAAUUAUAGCGACCCUUUUCGUGAUAGUUAUCUAUAUCAUGUAUAAUGAGACGCCGGUAGUAAAAGCAUCUGGCCGUGAGCUAAGCUAUCUGCUGCUAAUCUCCAUGAUAAUGUGCUACGCCAUGACAUUUGUUUUACUAUCUCGACCAAACGCUGUUGUUUGUGCCAUAAAACGAACGGGUAUCGGAUUUGCUUUCUCCUGUUUAUAUGCAGCUAUGUUGGUGAAAACAAAUCGAAUCGCUCGAAUAUUCUCCCAAGCUACUCUUUCAGCACAACGGCCAUUGUUCAUCUCGCCAUUAUCACAGGUUGUCAUGACAAGUAUGCUUGCUGGUGUUCAAUUGAUUGGAAGCAUAAUAUGGUUAUUUGUCGUGCCACCAGGCUCUCGGCAUGACUACCCCACACGAGAUCAAGUGGUCCUAACCUGCAACGUUCCUGAUCAUCAUUUCCUUUACUCACUUGCCUAUGAUGGAAUCCUCAUCAUCGCCUGUACCGUAUAUGCAGUAAAAACUAGAAAAGUGCCAGAAAACUUUAAUGAAACAAAAUUUAUUGGAUUUUCGAUGUACACAACAUGUGUAGUCUGGCUGAGUUGGAUUUUCUUCUUUUUCGGAACUGGAAGUGACUUUCAGAUUCAAACUACAUCGUUAUGUAUCUCCAUAUCAAUGUCAGCGAACGUUGCUCUGGUGUGCAUAUUUUCUCCAAAAUUAUGGAUAAUUCUCUUCGAAAAACAUAAAAAUGUUCGAAAACAAGAAGGCGAGAAUAUGCUGAACAAGCGAUCACUUGCAAAUUGUACAAAUCGACUGUACGGGUCAACGGCAGAGGAACCAAAUCAGUAUACGGCAUUACUUUCGGGCGAUCGCCGACAAUCGACACGAAAAUUCUCACAUCCAACAAGCACUACGAGUUCGGCUCAUGACACUUUUCUUUAG